AUGAGGCGGCAGCAGGAGCUUCUGAUGCAGCUCCGAGCGCUCGUCCUCCCUCUGCUCCACGCUGUCCAUGAUACCUCGGCUGACAUCGCCGUCCAGCUCUUUGAUGACGUGAUCGGCUGCAACGUCAGCGUGGCAUCUAAGCUUGAGGGGUGCCUCAUGAGUACCGGAGAGAAUGAUGGACCUGUGGUAGAGCUCGUCGACGACAAGUCGUUGGUGAGAAAGAGAAACAGUACUGAUGCUACUGGUGACAGGACGACGGAGGAACAAGCGAAGCCUAAUAAUAGCGCUGGUCAAAAGAGAAGGAGGAACGACAAGCGAUCGAGAUCCCUUGUAACACAUGUUCCACAUUAUGAUGGCCAUCAAUGGAGAAAAUAUGGGCAGAAGAAUAUCAACGGGAGGCAACAUCCUAGGAACUAUUACAGAUGUGCCUACAGAGAAAGGAACUGCUUAGCAACCAAGACGAUUGAGCAACAAGAACAAAAUAAUGCCGGUACCAGUAGUGCCAUGGCUGGAGAGGAAAACGCAGAGUACACUGUUGUGUACUACGGAGAUCACACUUGCAAGGACCAUAACAUCAGCAUGGUCCAGGCACCCCAGCCUGUCAAUAUGGAUCUUCAAAACGGGGAAAUGGCUCAAGCAACAGCAAAUGAGGCAGACUUGGACUUGCCAGCUUUACUAGAGGUGUUUGACAACUCCCUCGUUGAUUGGGAUGACUGGAAGAUGUGA